UUGUCAGUGAAUGGUCUACUUUACUCUAGAUCUCCUUUCACCAUUUUCAACGAAUCAUUCUGUACGUGACCGUUUGUUUACAUUUUUAUUUCAUUUUUUUUCUACCUAGCCUUCAUCGGUAGGAAUGUUUUCCUUCUCUCGUUUUGUGCCAGUUUGUUGUCGUCCUCGCAGACGAAACACUCGUUUGUAAGAUGUCUCCGAGGGAAGUGUGCCAGUGAUUUGCAAAAUCUUAUCGUUCGGCUUGAGUUUAGUCAUCUGGUGCGUUUGAUAACAAUUUUUUUCUGGCUAGAGUGUGUUUCGAGAGUUAUCACCGUGUCAUAUUUUGAGCAAUUGAAGAGAAAUUGAAGUCAUCGAGAGCGAUGGAUGUUGUGACGCUGCUCCUGAUUGUCGCUUCAUUGAUAGCGUAUGCAAUUUUUAAAGUCCGCAAACAGCUGAGAUUUUGGAAAGAUCUAGGAAUUCCGCACAAUGAGCCUAAUUUUAGUAGGAAUCUUCGGCCAACGACCCACAUGGCUCAACGGCUACAAAGUUACUACCAUAAGUACAAGGGACAGUUUCCCAUGGCCGGAAUGUAUUUGUUUACGAAGCCGGUGGGGUUGGUGAUUGAUUUGGAUCUGUUGAAGUGCAUCUACGUGAAAGAUUUUCAAUACUUCCAUGAUCGAGGAAUGUAUUACAACGAACGGGAUGAUCCCCUUUCGGCCCAUCUUUUCAACUUGGAAGGAGCUAAAUGGCGAAAUCUCAGAACCAAAAUUUCCCCUACAUUCACGUCCGGCAAGAUGAAGAUGAUGUACCCGACAAUGAUCGCUGCCGGAAUGCAAUUCAGUGAUUAUAUGAACGAAAAAGUUGCGGUCGAGAGCGAAUUCGAACUGAAAGAUCUACUAGCUAGAUUUACGACUGAUGUUAUUGGAAUGUGCGCAUUUGGCAUUGAAUGCAAUACUAUGAAAGAUCCUAAUGCUCAGUUUAGAUUGAUGGCUCGAAAACAAUUUGAAUCCCCAAGAAAUCGAUUCAAGGAUCUCGUUUGUUCCGCCUUUCCGAAGUUUGCAAGAUUGUUACGACUUAAAUCAACGGACUCGGAUCUUUCAGAUUUUUUCCUGAAUGUUGUUCGACAAACCAUCGACUUUCGGCUGAAAAAUGAUGUUCAAAGAAAUGAUUUUAUGGAUCUGAUGUUGGGAAUGAUGAAAACGGAGAAUCCAGAACAGGAUGUGCUUACCUUCAAGGAGGUGGCCGCUCAGGCUUUCGUAUUCUUCAUAGCCGGUUUCGAAACAUCAUCCACAACACUGACUUGGGCCCUAUACGAGCUCUCGAUUAACCAGGAUAUUCAAGAAAAAGCUAGGCAAACGGUUAAGGAAGUUCUCGAAAAGAAUAAUAAUACUUUGAGUUACGAAGCAAUUCUUCAAAUGAAUUAUCUAGAUCAAAUUAUCAACGAAACCCUCCGGAAAUAUCCUCCGCUGCACGUGAACUUCCGCAAGGUCGUCAACGAUUACCAGAUUCCAAACACAACGACCAUUCUUCCGGCCGGAACAUCGGUCAUGGUUCCAACCUAUGCCAUUCAGCACGAUACGGAUGUUUUCCCGGAUCCGGAACGCUUCGAUCCGGAUAGGUUCACGGCGGAAAACAUCCAAUCCCGCCAUCCUAUGGCUUGGACUCCGUUCGGUGAGGGACCACGGAUAUGCAUCGGAAUGCGCUUCGGGAUGAUGCAGACUCGCAUCGGGUUGGCCCUGUUGCUGAAAUCUUUCCGAUUUUCCCAGGGUGCGAAAUCGACUGUCCCGCUGGAAUUUAAUCGGAAAAGUUUUAUCUUGGCACCGGAAGGAGGAUUGUGGUUAAAGGUGGAAAAAGUGUGAUGAUAGAUAUUACUUUUGAGCGAUAAGAAAUAAGCUAGGUCAUUUAUUAUAGCAAUACAAAUAUAUUUUGAAUUCUA